UCACUCCUUGAAGAGGAAGUUGCCUUUUUUUUCAUUUAACAUAAAUUUGAAAGAGGAGUAAAGCCGGACGGGUACAUGCAUUUGGAGUAAAACCAGUGGAGUGCAAGUAACAGCAAGAAGAAGUGGACAUUUAGAUUUAGCCUUGUUUAUGUACUGAGAGCAAUGGCAUCGUUUGUUACUGAGGUGCUGGCAAACUCGGGCAAACUGGAAAAAGAGGACUUGAGUAGUAAAAUCAGCAGAUUGUCCCGAAGAGUGGAGGAGAUCAAGUGUGAAGUCUGUGACAUGAUCAGCAAGAAGUAUGAUGAGUUUCUACCAAGCAUGCAAAAUUCAGAAGAUCUGAUGAACCAAGUCAACAACAUUUCCAAUGACAUUGAUAAUCUUCGAACACAUAUUGAAAAUGAGGUUCAAAAGGAUCUCCAUGUUGCCGUUACAGAGUUUGCAGAUCUUAAACAACAGUUAGAAAAGAAUACCAUGGUGCUAAGUGUACUCAGAGUGCUACAAGAGUUUGAUACAGCCAUUGAAGAUUAUCAUAAGUCACUGCUGGAAAAGAAAUACAGUCUAGCAGCCCAUAAUCUUCAAAGGGCUGAGACUGGACUGAAAACUUUGAAAGCUAGAAACGGCUGUGAGUUGAAGAUUUUAAAAGCAAUGAACACCGAGUUGACCAUUCAGAAGCAGAACCUGCUUUAUCAUCUUGGAGAAGAAUGGCGAAAACUUGCAGUGUGGAAACUUCCUUCCCCAAAGGAACCAUCUACACUGGAAACGUUUUUAAAAACAGAGCUACACCUGUCUUCAUCAGCUUCAAAUGGAAAUGGUGACAACAUACCUGUGUUACCCUCUGUCCUGCAGGCAUUCUCUGUUCUCGGAGAACUCCAUUCAAAGAUUAGGCUUUUCAGUCAAGUUCUGUUGAAAUAUGUCCUAAAACCACUGAUUACAUAUCCUGCUUUACAACUUAUAUUGAUGGAGCAUCCGGACCAGGGCACCACUCUAAAAUUUUAUCUUGAGGAAACAAAUCUGAAUCACCCAUCUCCUGUUGCUGUUUACCAGAAAGUCAGGACCGUUUUGGAACAGCUUCACAAGAAUCUUUUUGAUAUUCCUCUGAAACAUCUAUCUGAAACCGAUAAAAGCUUGACUAUCACUUUAGCUGAAGUGCUGGGUGAACUGAUUUGGGAAGAAAUGUGUGACUGUAUCAUCAAAGAAUGUUUAGUUCACUCUAUACCAGCAAACAGCAGCCAGCUGGAGCAGUAUGAAGAGGUUAUAAAAGACACAGAAGAAUUUGAAAAUAAUCUUAAAGAAAUGCAUUUUCUAAAGGACUGUACUACAGACUUACUCAAGUAUGCUAGAAACGUAAACUCGCAUUUUGCUAACAAGAAAUGCCAGGAUGUGAUUGUUGCAGCCAGGAAUUUGAUGACAUCUGAGAUACACAACACUGUGAAGCUAUCUCCAGAAUCUAAAGUUACUCCACCUAAACUGCCUGUUCCUAAAGAGAAGAUGAAUGUGGAAAAGGUUGCAAAGGUGUCACCCAAAGUAAUAAUGAAUUUGGAAAAUGAACAUCAGCUAAAUGCACACACUUUUUCUAUGCCUGUCUGCCGUAUUAGUGAAUCAGUUCAGAAGCUGAUGGAACUUGCUUAUCAAACAUUGUCUGAGGCAGCUAACAGUACUAGCCAUUGUGCUAUUCAGCUUUUCUAUACUGUUCGUAACAUCUUCCAGCUAUUCUAUGAUGUUGUUCCAACCUAUCAUAAAGAAAAUCUUCAAAAGCUUCCUCAAUUGGCAGCCAUUCACCACAACAAUUGUAUGUUCAUCGCUCACAAUCUGCUAACUCUUGGACACCAGUUCAAAUACCAUCUUCCAAAACCAUUGUGUGAAGGAGCAGCUACUUUUGUUGAUCUGGUGCCAGGGUUCCGGAGACUUGGUACUGAAUGUUUCCUGGCACAGAUGCGGACUCAAAAGGCAGAGCUUCUGGAAAGACUAUCAACAGCAAGGAAUUUUUCAAACCUAGAUGAUGAAGGCGCUUACUUAGCAGCAAGUAAAGCCGUCAAGCAGGUUUUACAUCAUUUAAAACGCUUGGGGAAAGUAUGGCAAGAUGUUCUUCCUGUGAACAUAUAUUGUAAAGCAAUGGGUACUCUGUUAAACACUGCCAUUUCUGAGAUUAUCCACAAAAUAACCACACUAGAGGACAUUUCCUCUGAAGAUGGGGACAUCCUUUAUUCCCUGUGUAAAACUAUUGUUGAAGAAGGUCCACAGGUUUUCACCCCAUUGCCAGAUAAAAACAAGAAAUAUCAGGAAGAAGUUCCUGUGUAUGUUCAGAAAUGGAUGGCUUUCAAGGAGCUAAUGAUUGUCUUACAGGCCAGUCUGCAAGAGAUUGUGGACAGGUGGGCAGAUGGAAAAGGACCCUUGGCAGCUGAGUUUUCCUCCAGUGAGGUGAAAAGCCUGAUCCGAGCAUUGUUUCAAAACACAGACAGAAGAGCAGCAGCACUUGCUAAAAUAAAGUAAACUUUUUUACAUGACUGUAAUAUAUGUAUAUAAUAAUUUUUCUUUGCAACAAAAUAGCAUAUGUAAUAUGUCAUUGAAUUUUAUGCUUUCACAGUGCAUAUAAAUAAAUAACAAUCUCAAUUUAUUCUUCUGAAAA